AUGGAUCCGAUUACAGCAUUUCAAGUCGCUGCCUCAGUCAUAACCUUCGUGGAAUUCGGGCGCAAUAUUCUCACUGAAGCCCGUGAGGUAUACCAAUCUCCGUCGGGGACACCGUCAAAGGUCGCUCAGCUGGGCCAAGUCGCAAAAGACCUCGCCGCUGCUGGAGAUAGCGUGUCGGAAUCCCUGAUCAAAAGUGCUCCAAACUCCAGCGCAGCUUCCGAUGAAAAGCUCUUGAGGCUAUGCGGAGAAUGCAACACCAUCAAGAAUGAGUUUCAGCAAGCUCUGACCAGGUUUCAAGCACGAGGAAAUAACAAAUUAAAUCAUGCUGUUAGCAGCGUUUCUGUAGCAUUUAAGACGAUUUGGUCUCAGAGCAAGAUUGAUGAGCUUGAUCAACAGCUUCGACGGAUACAGUCAGAAAUGACUAUGGCUGUUCUUAUGUCGCUUUGGGAGAGGGAAACGGUUGAAGGCAAGUCUCAAAAGCAAUAUCUGGAAAGGAUAGAAGCAAGCAUCAACCAAACCAACAAUAGACUCGACAACGUGAUGCAUGAUCUGAUACAGACCUCUUAUGGGAACACUCCAGAGGGUAUCGAUAAUCGGACCCAGCUACUCAGAGAAUUAUCGAGAAUUAAUUGGAAGCCGGAUCGUGUCAUGGUUAUUGAUGACGAAGAGACAACAGAACUGUUUCAGCAAGACAUCAUCGACAGCCUUUGGUUCUCGUCAAUCGAAUCUAGGGACAGGUCGAUCCCAGAUCCAUACAAGUCCACAUAUAAUUGGAUCUUCAGUGAAUAUUCAGAUACCAAGUUUGUUGAGUGGCUCAGAGGAUCUGAUGAUCCUCUCUACUGGAUCACUGGGAAGGCAGGCUCUGGGAAGUCUACGCUUAUGAAGUACAUCGUUCACCAUGCAUCUACCAUAGCGCACCUGGGUCAUUGGGCUGGCAAAUCUCCUAUCUUGUUUAUUUAUUUCUAUUUCUGGGAGGCAACUACACAACCUCUCCAGUAUACCCAGGAAGGCCUUUUGCGCACUCUCCUCUGGCAGUCUUUCAAAACCAGACCAGAAUUAAUUCCUGUCGUGACUCCACACCGCUGGACAGCAAAGUUCGCUCUACACGGCUUGGGAGGCUCCUCUCCUGAGUGGACGUUGGACGAAUUAGAAGAAACAUUUCGGAACCUGGCUUCACUUAACGGCUCAUCUUUCAACUUGACUAUGUUUAUUGACGGGCUUGAUGAGUUCGAUGGCGAGCCUGAGGCUUUGGUAGGAUGGGUGAAGCGGGCUGUCGAGAAGUUCGGCAUCAAAGUUUGUGUUGGAAGUCGCCCCUGGACUGCUUUCGCCGAUGGCUUUGAACAGCAUCCUUCACUUACUAUGCAGCAUCGUACAGCAUCAGAUAUCGAAGCUUACGUUGAUGGCCAUUUCAACACCAGCCCGGCUUUCAAACAAUGGCAAGCAAUAUCUGUUAAAGAGACAGAAAAGCUACGACAACAGUUUCUGAUCAAGGCUGACGGAGUUUUCCUCUGGGUCUAUGUGGUAGUAAAGGACCUUAUGUCAGCUUUAGCCAAAGGCAAGAGCUUGAAAGAACUCCAUGCGAUCCUGGAUGCUUUACCUGUGGACGUCAUAAAGAUGUACACCAAGAUAUAUGAAAACCUUGACCCAAAUGAAGCUGCAACAGCCUCUCGCUAUCUAGCCGUACGGCUCGCUUCCGCGAUCUCGCUCACUACCGAUGUAUUAUGGUCUAUUGAAGAGAAAUCGACGGCUCCUCCACAUGAUCCGUAUGAGUCUGACCUAAGGGACGGCAUAAUCGAGAGACGUCUGGAUAGCUCCACACGAGGGAUGUUGGAGCUCUCAAGAGGCUACAUCGAAUUCCAUCACAGGAGCGUCAGGGAGUGGUUACUACUCGAUGAUGUCUCGCAACUAAUGGAGUCCAGGCUCCCUACAGAUUUUAAUGCAACCCUUUUGCUAUUGCAAGAGCACAUCCGGGGCUUGAGCUAUUACGGCUCUUCGCGUUGGGACUACUUCUGGCCGUUCAUGGCUGAGGGAGUAGUUGAGUCAUUCUGGGCUGCUAUCGCCAUAGCCUUUCAAUAUGCAAACAUGGCCAGUGGAUCGGCGGCUGUAACACAGUCAAUGAUUUGCAUGUUGGAUAGAUUUCAACAUGUUCUCGAUGAAAAGGCAAAAUUAAUAGUCGAGGCUAGGUUUCGGAGCAAGAUUGAGAAGCCCGAUCCCUGGAUGCUUCGGAAAGCUGCCGGCGACAACGAACUCAAUCCACAGACACGACCACCGCCUCAGUCAUCUCAGUCUAUCUUCUCUCCAUUCUCCAAGUUGUACAGCAGUAGUCAAAGGUUGAUGCAGAGAAUGAAGAACACAAAAGCCCAAGAGCACCAUACGGCUUACCAAUGGUUUUUCUCCCAAGACGACAACUUCCGGAUCACUGCAGAAGAUAGCUUCGUUGGUGUGGCUGCUCAGUACGCUGUAGUUCCUUAUGUAAUGGCGAAAAUCAAGGAGAACAAACAACUCGUCAAACAAAGAGAUGACCAAAGAUCGCUUCUCCACAACGCGAUUUUCGGGUUCCGGAUGUACCGAGAAUGUUGGUUUUAUUUUAAAGAUGUUGAAGAUGAGGACGGGUCAUAUUAUCCAAGAUUGGAAUUGGUGAAAGGGUUGCUGGAUGCUGGAGCAGCGACAAAAGGGCAUAUACAUCUUCCAAAAGCUGGCCCAGUUUAUCAAGUCCCAGAAGAUUUUGAUUACGUAGAUGUUAUACAGAGUCUUCCAAAAGAUGCACGAGAGGCGACUGGACCAGAAGAGUAUUGGAAUGAGGUUAUACGACUUCUCCAAAAGAAGAAGAGAUGGGAGUUUGGUCAUCGAAAGAAUCAGUCGACUACAUAAAUUGGUAGAUGCGAGCAGACGGAUAUAAUCACCGCGGCCCUCGACUGAACCUAUAAGUCCACAAUAGAAACAGUUAUACUCCUUAUCAUGAUAGUUAGGCACCAUCCGAGGAAGAAAGACCCUGGCCCUCAUACAGUCAAGCUCGUGCGAAUUGUAUGCGGUGUUGUUCAAA